CGUUCUCUGCGCCGGUCCGUCUUGAUCUGUGUGUCUUACACAUUCCUGUUUGGCCAGGAAAGGGAGAAAAACUCUAUCUAGAUGAGAACAAAUCCUCCAGUUAGGCCUGUUUAGCUGGAUUGUCUGGUUGAAUCAUAUUCUGAGCAGAUGGACAUUGAACGCCUAUUGCCUCGGACGCAGUUUUAACCAGGAUGUUUGUGUCUGUGUCUCUCCCAUGCCUUGGAUAACAGUCGUCCACCACAAAGGUCAGAGGGCAGCUGGACAGGAGUUAGACAGGAGGCUGGGAGUGGGCCAGUAAACCGAUGGAGGAGGAGAGGGAGGAUGGAGCGGGCGCAGCAGCAGAGAACCAACAGCAGCAGAGUUUGAUUCAAACACAAAAUGAAGGUCCGCUCAAAGGGAAAUUAUGGUCCCAGACUCUGAGGACAUUCUGCUGUUUCGUCCCAGUGGCUGCAGUGUGGUUUGUCUGCCAGCUGGAGGCGCUGCCGCACCCCUCUCUGCCACUGGAGCAUGUGUGCUGCAGGGUGUUGUUAGUGUGUUUGCUGUGGGCAGUUCUGGCAGCAGGUAUUUACGUCCUAAGGUGCUGCCUGCGGCCAGGACAGAACCAGGAUAAACCUCUACAGAGAAAACAGCAGGUGGUCAAGCCUGGAAACCACAGAAAUCUGUAUUCACGUCAGCUCUCCAGGAUGCCCUCGACAAGGACCCCAGGCAUUGAGGUUCCUCUGGCCCUGGCUCUGACCGACAGUCUGCUGCUGUGUGUGCUUCAAGAGCCCCUGGAGGACCCCUCUGUGUCCCACAUUGAGGCUCUCCACUCCAGGCUGGAGGCGGUGGCUCACACACUGGAGAAGGUGAACUUUGGGUCGGAGGUGAUACUGGAGGAGGUGGGCCAAGGCACAAGGCUUUCAGGCAAACUAAACCUCCUCUGUGCUUACCUGGAGCAGAGGAUUGGAUCCCUGCAGGCUCUGGUCCAGGUGCAGACAGAUUUUGAGUCCAGUGUUAAAGACUUGCUGCAGGGCCUGGAUGGGCUCUGGAGCCAGUUGGAGGAGCUGCACACUGGGGUGACACUAACCAAGAAGGACAGCCAGGGCAACAAAGACCCGGCUUCAACCCAGGCAGAUGCUGAGUGCUUGGUUUCAGUGUUGGCUCAGUAUCAGAACAAACUGCAGUCCUGUCAGGAUCAUCAGAAGGACAGCACGCAGCUCUUACAGGACUUAACCUGGAGUCACACUCACAUCAGCAGCAAGGUGAACAGUGGCAGCGAGUCCGUCUGGCCCGAGCUUUUGCUUCAGUCCAACAUUGAGGAGUUUGACAAGGUCCAGGAGAGUUUCAGCUCUCUGGAGCAGCAGACCGCCACCUUCAAGACCCACCUCCAGGGACUUGGAAAAGAAAAUCAGACAGAACCUGUUGGGGCCCUUGUUUAUACUAACGGGGCCGAUUCGAUGGUACUUUUGGAUUUGCCUCUGAGGAGUUCAACCCCUCUAGUGACAAAAACACGCUCUCCUUUAUCACUGCGCGAGAGGUCAGCGCUCAAGUUUCCCUCCGCGAUGGGAUGCCUGCCCAAACCUGGGAAGAAAAAGUGAUUUUUUUUUAAAGAUACAGUUUUCACACAUUAGGUGUUUUAUGAUCAGAACUGUUUUAAUUUAUAAAUGUUUUGGCAGAUGUUGAUCAUUUGCUGGCUGCUUCAGAAUUGAGUAUUUAUUUUUGCAUUAAUUACUUUGUAUAGAAUGCUGCUUGCAUAUUUUUAUCCAGAACUCAUAGUUUUAGUGAUGCCGGUUUGUCAGCAGGUGGAUUGAAUAUUUUAAACGCUAGGGGGCAGACUUAUACCAGAUGUUACAAAAAUGAGCAGAACCACUGCCCACCCAUUUCUUCUAAAAAUGCAAAACAUUUGAUUAAGCCUAAUUUUUAAGUGUAUCGUUCUUUUAACUUAAUUACAGUGAAAAAUAUAAGUCA